AUGUCUCUAGUCUCCGCUGCCCUCGUGGGCCAAGCUGCUGCUGCUGUGGCAGGCCUCGCCUACCUCAAUGCGCGCUUCUCUAUUGGCCAGGACCUCAACUUCCUGCUCAGCCGUAGGGCGGCCUAUUCAGCGUUGAUGAAGACAGCCUCCAAGGGUCGCCUAUCCAUAUACUACUACUUCGAAGACUCAGUCAAGGAGAAGGGUGACUCAGAAGCUCUCUGGUCUCACAGCGAGUGCCUUACUUACAACCAGACCUACGCCCGCGUUAACCAAUACGCACAAUGGUUCCUCGCUCAGGGCGUCCAGCCCGGCGGUUUCGUCGCCCUCUUGAUGGUCAACUCCGCGGAUAUGGUCUGCGCCUGGUUCGGGCUCCUAGCCAUCGGCGCCGCACCCGCCCUGGUCAACACCAACCUCGCCGCCAAGGCCCUGAUUCACUCCAUCGAGAUCGCAAAGGUCAAGCUCAUCCUCGCCGACGGUGACGCUGAUCUGCUGGGUCGCUUGGACGGCGUGCGGGGCGACCUGGAGGCCAACGGCCACCGUAUCUGCACGCUGGGCGAGGUGCGCGGGCAGAUUCUCAGCAUGGACCCCGUGCGGCCUAGUGACGAGCUGCGCAAGAGCGUCGGCGUGGACGCACCGCUGGCACUGGCGUACACGAGCGGUACCACAGGAUUGCCGAAAGCCAUCUCGUUCCCCAUGGUCGUUGUCUUCCUGUCGGCGACGGUGAAGCGUCGCGGGUUCGGUGAGAUCAGCGUCGCAGACCAGAGAUGCUACAACUGCAUGCCAUUCUAUCACAUGACGGGUGGCCUCCACGCCAUCCUGCAACUUCUGACUCGCGAUACUCUCUGCAUAGCCCCCAAAUUCCACGCCCGUACCUUCUGGGAUGACAUCCGCGCCUCGCAGGCAACUUUCUUCAUUUACGUCGGCGAGGCCCUGCGAUACCUACUCGCCCAGCCGCCGUCGCCGCUCGACCGCGCCCACAACGUGCACACGAUCCUCGGCAACGGGCUGCGCGGCGAUGUGUGGAUCCCAUUCCGGGAGCGCUUCGGCAUCAGCACGAUCCACGAGUUCUACAACUCAACAGAGGUCAUGUUCGGGCUUGACAACUCGAGCAGGGGCGACUUCACGGCCAAGUCGCUCGGAGUGCACGGGCUGAUUCUUCGGACGCUCUUCUCGCGCAUGUACGUGCCGGCCGCCACCGACGCCGAGACGGGCGAGCUACUGCGCGACCCGAAGACGGGCUUCGCCACCCGCGUUCCCUUCGAUCAGGGCGGCGAGAUCCUCGUCCGCCUCGACUACCAGAGCAAGCUGCCCGGCCGCACCUUCCGCGGCUACUGGGACAACGAGGGCGCCACCAGCGCCAAGAUCGCCCGCGACGUCUUCGAGAAGGGCGACGCGUACUUCCGCACCGGACGCCCUACGCCGCGACUCCGACGGUCCACCGCCGAGGUGAGCGAAGUCCUCGGCGCGUACGGCCGCGGGGUCAUCGAGGCGGUCGUCUACGGCGUGCAGCUCCCUGGGCAUGAGGGGCGGGCUGGUGCCGUGGCGCUGUUGAUCGAGGAGGCGAGGCGGGAGAGCUUUGACUUCGCGGACUUUCUAAGACACUCCCGCGCCAACCUGCCCAAAUACGCCGUGCCAAUCUUUAUCCGCCUCGUCUCGGAGCCUCUCAGCACGGGAAACCACAAGCAGAACAAGGUGCCGCUCAAAGCCGAGGGUGUCGACCCGGACAAGGUGUCCAGCGGCGACGCCAUCUACUGGGUCCGCGACGACACCUACGUGCCCUUCACCCGCGCAGACUGGGAGGGACUAUCAAAGGGCCGGGCCAGGCUGUGA